AAUCUGUCCAGCUGCUCAUAGCGUCCGCAAUAGAAGUCGCAACCGUUUGCAGGAUGAGCUGGUAUGUGGACGAGGAUGGGGCUCGUACUUGGAUCAACCGCGACUCCACAGUUUUCACCGUCGUCGUGUCGGACAAGCAACUGCCCUUGGAGCAGCUGACGUAUCUGGCCGUCUCUUCCAAGAAAGCUGUGUACCAAGAGGCCAUCUGCGAAGAUGACCAAGCGGCUGGGACUCGGUCAAAGCGGAGCAAGGACAAGCAAGCAGGCAAACAGCGCGGCUUCAUCAUUCGCGCUGAAGUGGAAGAGAGUCCGUUGACGCGGGUGGUUCCAUGGUUCAAGGACGCCGCAAAAAAGCUGAUGGACUGCGCUGUAGUCAGCCGUGUAGAUGCUGAUGAAGCCGCAAACCUGAAGAAGGCAAAAAAGAAAGACAAAGCCAAUGACGUCUCUGUGCCCAAUUUGGGCGCCAAUGAGUGUAGAAUAGAGACCACCUCCAGGAUCCACCAUUUCGCGCACGGUCCAGGCUAUCGUGUUGAGGUGUCCGAAGGCGUGGUCGCGCAGCGUUUGAAUAUGUUCACUGGCAGAAAAGAGAUUCCUCUCAAGGAUUGGCUAUCGUUGCUGCUGAAUGCCCUCGAGAGUACAGGAACGCACGUGAUGAUCCUCAAGCGUUCUGGAAAUGAGGUAGUGGGUGGUGCUGUGAAUGGCCAGAAAGAGGAUGGAGAGAAAAAGAUCCAGCUCAGAAAAGACAAGGCUCAGCAGGCCGAAAAUGAGUGGCUUCAAUCUCUGCUGGCGGGACACGAGGAAGCAGACCACGACAAAGUGCCGGAGCUCCCCGAGGUCGCCGAGGUCCCAGUGGAGCAGCCGGAGCAGCCGGAGCCGGUGAAGUCUGCCCAGGUGCAGCCAGCUGAUGCGUCUCGUUGGGAUGCCCUAGCGCCAAGGAGACGAGAUCAGCCCGCGCAACGAACGCAGGCCAAGGAAGUGUGGCAGCCGGAGCUUGCUAGGUCACAAGCUCCCUGGUCCCGCCAAGACUACGCACCGGAGUGGCAGGAAUAUCCUGGCACCAACGGUGGGUGGGAGACGUGGGAGUGGGAGCCAGAGGCACCCAAAGCGCCUUCAAGACGCUGGGGCAAGGCCAAAUGUGCUGCCUGUCUGCGCGGUGCCAAUUUGAAACUCUUCUGGGAUGAGACCGAAGGCAGCCGCUUCUGCCGUACCUGCUGGUUUAAUUGGUAUGGCGAGGAACCGCCAGCCUCAUGUGCAAUCAGAUGAGAUGAACAGCAGCGCUGCGUUUCAUGCCCGUUUCAGUUCGUAGCUGAAUUUGCAGGAAGAUCCCGAGAGUAGUUGAACUUUUUCGGGAUGAAGCCAGGACCAUAUGGUUGAAUGAUGAACCAAGUGGUCAAACUGUUUGAUUUUGUCCGAUCAACAUUUUCACACGGAUGCCAAUUAUGGUAUCCCGACAUGUACAGGCAUUCUUAGAGACAGGUGAAAAGCAGGCGCAGUUGGCACCGCCAACAGUUGUAGCUGCUAGCCUUCUGCAGUUCGACUGUGAUUCUUGAUGAGGGCCUUGUGUUUCUUCCGAUGAACUUCAGAG